AUGGGGGCUGCCGUGAACCAAGUGAAAGAAGCUGGCACCUCUGCUGGGGCUGGCUCCACGUCCUGCUUCAUCUCCUGCCAUUUUAUUCUAUCAGAAACAGAGCUCUCCCCCAACUUCAACCCUCCCUGCUACAAGACAGUGCUGAUCCUUGUCACACAGUGGUUAAGCAAGACUAAGAUCCAGCUGAUGGCCACAGAAGCACGAACGGAUAAGAAUGACCUUGCUUCCACUGCACGGUCUCUCUUAUGA